ACGUCAGUGCGCGAAUGUCAACAAUGUAGCGAUUGAGAGUAGGCGUUCCAUUCGAGUGUAACAAACAGCGAAGACGGAGCAGCACGCUGAACUGGAUCACCACACACACUGACAUUAGCUGGAGAAGAACAACAGUUUUAUAACCACAAACUUCCUUUCCCCCUCCAAAAAAAGAGAAAUAGCUGCACAGUGUAUCGCAAACGUGAUUUCCCUGCAGCCCGGGGGCUUUAGGAAACUGCAAGGAAGUCAUCAUGUGAAAAACAUUUAUUUGCUAAACGGACAAAAGGGCUGGAUUACAAGGGGAAAAAAACGAAAGUUUAAGGGUGUGAGCGGAAUGUCCGUGGAUGAAAAGCCUGAAGCCCCGAUGUACGUGUAUGAGUCGACGGUUCAUUGUACCAAUAUCCUCCUGUGCCUCAACGACCAGCGCAAGCAGGACAUCCUGUGCGAUGUGACCGUCCUGGUGGAGGGGAAGGAGUUCCGUGGGCACCGGGCCGUGCUGGCCGCCUGCAGCGAGUACUUCCUCCAGGCGCUGCUGGGACAAGCCGACAAUGAGCUGGUGCUCAGCCUUCCCGACGAGGUCACUGCCAGGGGAUUCGCCCCAUUGUUGCAGUUUGCCUACACUGCUAAGCUGUUACUCAGCAGAGAAAACAUCCAGGAGGUCAUCCGUUGUGCCGAAUUCCUGCGCAUGCACAACCUGGAGGACUCCUGCUUUCGCUUCCUGGAGGCUCAGCUGCGCAGCGAGGAGGGCGGCGUGCUGCUCUGCGGCAAGGCGGCGCCCGAGGGCGAGCGCUCGGAGGACGAGAGCAUGCAGUCCGAGUCCUCCUCGGUGUCGUCCAAGGCCGGCGGCGGCGGCGGCGGCGGCGCCGUGUCCGUGUCGACGUCCCCGAGGUCCAGGCGGCGCGGCGAGGCCCUCAACUCCCUGCGGCGGCCGGACGACGACGACAGGCUGGCGACGGCGGCAGUGGCGGUCGUCGGGGACUUCGCCGACGGGCGGCUGGACUUUGACAGGCACCACGGCUCCUCGGACCUCCCGCGCUGCCCCAAGUACAGGAAGUACCAGUGGGCCUGCAACAAGCACAAUAACGACACCUCCUCAUCACACACCAGUACCUCAGGUUUUCCAAGCACAUUCAAGGAGAGCGCCGUCGUCAUUGGGGGCUCCAUUCGGCCCGCGCUGACCCAGAUCAAGGUGGAGCCGCGGGGGGAGGAGGAGGUGACCGUCCCGUGCCUGUCCGGCGACGAGCAGGAGGAGAGAGAACACGACGGCCUGGUGGAGAUGGAGCUGGACGGCCGGGGACACAGCCCCAUUGGCCUGGAGCGGCCCAACAGCAGCAAGUCCCCCAGCUGCAUCCGGGCGCUCUUCAAGAGGAGCAGCGAGCUGCCCGGCCUGACCAGCCCUUCCCCGCAGCUAUUCGCCAACAGGCUGGUCAGUGCCCAAGACAAAGGAACCACUCAGGGAGACCACAAAAAUGAGUACAGGCCUUUUGCAGGGGAGCUGGGCGUGCCGGUCACCUUGCCCAAGGAGGUGGACGGUUUCCCGGCGGGGCUGUCGCUGAAGUCGGCGUCCUGCGACGGCGUCUGCAAGCAGGAGACGGAACUGGACCGCCGCAGCGUCAUCUUCUCGUCCUCGGGUGCCUGCGAGCGGCUGGGUGCCCCGGCACACUCCUACCCCGGGGGAAACUCGCUGGACAAGGAGCUGGCUGGGGGGGAGCACACGCCAAAGGGCCUGUGGGCCGGCGCCAGCCAGUCGCUCCCCAUCUCCCAGAGCUGCGCCGCCUCCACCACCGCCAACGCCACCGCUGCCACCGAGCCCCCGCUGCUCUGCCGCCCGAGGCCCAACACCAGCUGCCCCGUGCCAAUCAAGGUGUGCCCGCGCUCGCCGCCCCCCGAGACCCGCACGCGCACCUCCAGCUCCUGCUCGUCCUACUCGUACGCCGAGGACGGCAGCGGCGGCUCGCCCUGCAGCCUGCCCCAGUUCGAGUUCUCCUCCUCGCCCUGCUCCAACGUCACCCGCUGCCUGACCGCUGACCAGCCGGAGCCCAGCGCCGGCGCCGACUCGCUCUUCGGCCAGGUGCGGCCCAAGAUCAAGUGCGAGCAGUCGUACGGCACCAACUCCAGCGACGAGUCGGGCUCCUUCUCCGAGGGAGACAGCGAAUCCUGCCAUGUCCAGGAGCAAGGACCAGAGAUCAAGCUUCCCUUCCCUGUCGAUCAAAUCACAAAUCUUCCAAGGAAUGACUUCCAAAUGAUGGUAAAAAUGCACAAACUGACCUCAGAACAGCUGGAGUUCAUCCACGACGUCCGGCGCCGGAGCAAGAACCGUAUAGCAGCUCAGCGCUGUCGUAAGAGGAAGCUGGACUGCAUCUUAAACUUGGAGUGUGAGAUCCGUAAACUGGUCUGUGAGAAGGAGAAGCUGCUGACGGAGCGUAACCAGCUGAAGGCCUGCAUGGGAGAGCUGUGGGAGAACUUCUCCUGCCUGUCUCAGGAAGUCUACAAGGACGUGCAGCUGAGCCCCGAGCAGGUGCACCGCUACUGCCCCAGCCUCCGGCCUGCCAACGCCACGCCCAACUCCACCCCCACCCCCAACACCACUGCCAGCAACAGCAACAGCAACAGCAGCAGCAGCAGCACCGCCACCACGGCCACCGGCCCCCCUGCCUCCACCAGCAUCGACCUCACCACCAACUCCCGCUCCGCCACCCCUGAGCCCCAGUUCCACAAGUCGCCGGGGCCCUCGGAAGGCGGGCCGGGCCCGGCCCAGUGGUGUCUGGCGACCGGCAACGGUGCCGAUGGGCUGGUGGGGAACGGGAGGGAGGGUCCAGACUCCAUCACCAAGGCAGCUGUAGCCUUCCACGAGUCAGGGCUGUCGUCAUCGGAACAGUGCAACCAGACGGUGACAGUAGACUUCUGUCAAGAAAUGACUGAUAAAUGUACCACCGAAGAACAGCCCAGGAAGGACUCUUCCUAGUGCUGCUGGGAAUCUGUCUUUUGUUUUGUUUUGUCAAUUUUUUUAUUUAGUUAAAUGAGUUUUUGACAGACCCUUUUUGAAAAGGGUUGUUACAAUGGUCAGCCUCUGCCAGUGUUCUUAUUUGAAACAUUUAUUUUGUUUUGUUAGUAUUUAUGUCUUUUAUUGUCUUUGAAAGGUUGACACUACAGUUGUCUUAACUGCAGCAAUACUGUUGUCCAGGUUUUUCUCUAUUCUAACCAUAACAGAAUGGUUGCGAAUUCUCACACAGCUCUCACAACGGUGCUACACCUUUCCCCGCCAAUGACCUCCGCAGGGGCAAUGCUGCUUUUGAUGUAUUACAGUCCAUUCAAAGCAGGGAUGGGCACAGACCGCAUCUCAAACUCAAACCUCUAUGGACCUAGCAGCAGCUGUCUCUCUCUCUAUCUAUCCCUCUCUCUCUCUGUCUUUCUACCCCCUCUCUCUAUCUCUCUAUUUCUCUAUCUAUCUAUCUAUCUGUCUAUCUGUCUCCUUCUCCAACCUGUAUCUAUGUCCUCCUUUCUUCUAUCUUCCCUCCUCUCUCUUUGACCUUCUCAUUCUCUCAGUGGCCCUUGUCACACAAUUCAAACUCAGGAAGUAUUCUGAAUGUUCAAUAUUAUUCAUGAAAAAAGGAUACAGAUUCUGUACAUGAAAGAUUCUUUUUGCAGCAUCUCAGCUGUAAAUGUUCAUAUGCAAAAACGUCUUCUGCGUCGCUCAUUUUUACUGUUUCUGUACUGCAACACUUUUAUGUACAGAUGGUUGUAUCUAAACAUUCCUCCUUUGCCUUCUACAGCACUGAAAUGAACGAAAAUGACUCAAAAGACAGAACGAAUUGACAUGAGGUUGAAUAGCUAUGUCCCAACACAUCAGCAAUACCCUUGUAUUUGGAUGUUUUUAAUGGUAAUGUAUAAGUGCUUGCUUAGCAGAAAGUGUGGUGUAUAUAGUAUGGAGCAUGGUGGCUGUCAGUAAUGUUGUACAGGUCAAGGUUUAGCCGUUUCGUUUCUCUCUGGGGUUAUAUCAAGCACCUUUUUACCAAGGAAAUCAUUCUGCUCUGCUGUUUCCUGUCUAAAGUGAAAUCCCCAUGAAGGUGGGUGUUCUUGAACUCAGGAAAUCAGCCUGUCACAAGCAUGCACUCGAGUGCACCCACUGAUGUAUUUAGAUACACAUGCACACACACACACACACGCGCGUACAUGCGCACAUUCACACACUCACACACUGUCACCAUCACUGCAACCGGAUGCACAUACCCCCCAUGGCCACACGUUUAAUUGAUCAGGCCCCUUGGAUGUUGAUGAGGACUGUGUAAAAAGUUUGUAUAUAAUCCAUGACUCAGGCGGUGUCGGUGUAAACCUGGUUGACAACCUCUUUAAAUGUGAAGAGUCACAGCCUUUCUGUGUUUUUAUCAGUAUUUAAAGAUUGAAUGGUGAAACCCUCAGCCACUUUUUACUUUAUUUUCUUCAGUUUUAUGUUUUGAUGUCAAGGGUUGUGGAUACUUUUUAUCUAGCAGAGGGACUCAUAGUUUGAUAUGGCAUUUUAAAGUAGUCACAAAUAGUGGUGUGAGACACUUGCUCUAUUGUCUGCUCUUAGUGCUGCCCCUCUCUCUCUUUAGCACCAUGCAUUGCACUCAAAACCUGCUAGCACUUCACAACAGGGAGAUUUCUGUUUUAGAACCUUGACAAAGUCUAAAAAUGCAGCACUUACAUUGGCACUUAAAAGUGCUCCUCUAAAACAAAUGAUUUAAAUUAGAUUUACCCGAAGACUAGCAAAAUAUUACAAGAUACAACCAGCUCUAUUAUAACAGAGAAGGAAUAGAAACGCAUUAUGAGGGAGUGUUCUGACUGUUAUUUUAUUGAUAAUAAUCUAAUAAGCUAAUGGAGAAUUCUAUUAAGUAUGUGAACACAGCUGAAGGUGUAUGGAGUGUUAGAUAGCUAUGAAACAGUCCUAUGUUUGCCCUUAUUGUACAUUUAGUAGAGAUAUAUUCCUGGUGGGAUUGCAUGCUGCUUGUAUAUUUUAUAUAGUUUGUCUUGUUUCUGUUUGCCUCUGGGCGUAGGUAUUUCUCAGCUAACUCCCAUAAUCCCGACGUACCUCUUCUUCAAUGAUCAAAGACCAUUUGUCCUCAAAGCCUAUAUUUGUUUGACAAAAUUCUUUAUCAUCAGGCAAAUCAUAUUUAAAUCCCCCCAGCACAAAUGUGCACCAGUGCGAUUUUACUACCUUUAAUAGUGUUGAUCAAUGCAGGUGCAUGUAAGUGCCAAUGACCACCUUCACACCCCUAUUGAUACCACUCCACUAUACCCUUUCAGUGUUGACUAAGUAAAAAAAUGCUUGAGCUUUUAACCCCAAGAGCUUUUAAAUAGCAGUAGUUGGUUGAGUAUGUACGUCUGUUGGUGUGUAUUUGUGAAUCAGACAGUCCAAAGAAUUUUCCUUGGACCCCAUUACUAAUGCUCCCCUAACACAUGCACGUGCACUCAAGUUAAUGCACAAGCUUACACACAUACACACAUACACACACACAUACACACACACACACACACACACACACACACACACACACACACACACACACACACACACACACACACACGAAAACAUGCACACAAUCACAAAUUAAAAUACAUGUUGGACAAAAUCUGCUCAGUUAGAAAGUUGAAGUCUAGAGCUAUUGUAAUUGCUAGUAAUAAUUGUUGUUUUCAGUGUGGUUCUUAUUUUUCUCUUCUGCUUUUCUUGGUGUAAGAUUCUCUUUAUGCCAUUACAAUGUAAAAUAUAUACCAUUUCAAAAGAAUUGUACACAGGUACCAAACAAAGAAGUUAAAGCUAGAUGGGUCCAAGUGGACAUUGGUGUAAACAUAUGCAAGUCAUCCCUAUAAAGUUACCUUUUACUUUAUUGUACAAAGUAAAUGUGGAAGAGCCAGUUCCACAAGACAAGCACACAAUGAGUACUCUUCGGAUAAUGUCUUUGUCUACCUUACAGUUUGGAUUGAAAAUGUUGCUUUUCUAAAGUCGUUCAUAAGCAGAAAAAUCUCAAGUGAUGUCUGUUCUCCUAUUAGUGCUCUAUGCGUUGCGUUGUUUGGAUAGCGGAGAGUGCAGAGCUUAUUUCUGGAUUGUAUCUUCUGCUCUUCUCUGUUGUUUUGCUCUGUUGAAAGUGCUUCUGUAAGCACACAAGCAAAUGAUUACUGCACGUGGAGUCAGGAUGCAGUGACUGUAGCUGUCACAGCACGCCUGUCUCUGUCUCAGCGGUGAACAGUGGUCAUCUCCUGGGUCAUCAAAAACCCAUGCAUCAAAUAAGCUUUUUUGCAAUCAUUUCAGUCACUCAUAAACUAAACAAGUCAACUCACCAAGGUUUUUUUUUUCCAUAAUCACAGUUGCUCUUGUAAAUUGUCUCAGGGUGCCAACAGGUUCUUCUUUCUCCAUUUAGAAGCUAGUUUAGAGUCUGUAUGCUACUAGCUAGUUUGUGUUGUUUUGUUUCUAUGUUUUGACUUUUUAAAAUACUUGCUUAUGUCUGUGUAUAUAGAUUUCUGAGAGGCUUUUUUUUUAAGUAUCUUCAAUGCAAAACACAACCUUUUUUAAGUUACACCCCAACAAGGGCUGUAGACUCUUAAAAUCUUUUGGGAUACUUCACUUAAUAAUGAAAUGUUUUCUAUGGUAAUUGACAGAAGCUAAGCUUUUAAACCUUGUGAUUUGGCUGGACUAUAGGAAAUGCAUUUUAAACUGAUUACUUUCUCAUGUGGAUAAUGGCUUCCAUAUUUGACCAAGAUUCAUGGUCUGUGUCGCAAAGUAAACGUACAAAGAUGUACAAAGCCCUCUAACAUUUUUUAUAAGCUUUUAAUAUCUAUGUAAAUCUGUUUGUUUGUUUUUGGCUGCUUCUCUGAAACAUUUACACUGGCUCUCCAAAGGUUCCUCUUUUCACAGAUGAUGAAAUCUUGCCUUUUACACAAUUUGCUCAACUUUAUAAGAUGAUGGUGUCCAGACUGAAUACAAAGGAGAUCAUUUUGAGAAGUAAAAGAAAAGCAAAAUGUUUACAAAAAGGUGUCACGUCACGUUUAUGGAAUUGUCCAUGUACAUAAAAAAAAUGCUAGCUUCAAUUUGAUGGAUAGGGUAGUGUUUUUUUUUUUUCAAAUUUUCAACAGAAAACUGAAAUGAAAGAAAAAUACCCGUUCAUAUGUGUUCCCUUAAGUCAUCUUCUCAACUAAUGGGGAUGUGUCAGAGUUACAUGGAUAUAAGUGCACCUCCAAUAUUUGCCUUAGAACUUGCAGAGGCCAUAAUUCACAUUCAAGUGAAGUGAGUGUAUGCAGGGGCCGUCGCCCCCCAUCCCUGGGUCAACAGAGCGGACUUUGUCACACUUAUCUACCUGUGAAAUCCUUCAUACCUCUCAUAACUGGUCAAUGACUGUAUCAGCAAACUGCAUCAGGUGUUUUUCUACAUGCUUUUUACACAAAUUAUAUGGAUUAUUGUAUUAGGUAGGUUUUGGUGCAUCAUUUUUAAUGUAAUAGCUCUUCAGCACGUAGUCACAGUUGUGUUAUUCUCUCGUUUUCUAGGAGACUGUUUUGUGUUAAUAUUGUCAAUUUGAGAUAGCUGUAAUUUGCUUAUUCUCUACUAAGAGUUUUUACCUUUUUAAUUUCUAAAGGCUACAUGACCCUAAUGAAUUAAAUGACUUAACAACCAUUGUACAUAUGGUAUUGUGCAAAACUCAUUUUCAUGCAUUUCAAUUGCUAGUGUUAUAUAAAUGACAGAUUUUUGUCUAGACACCAUUUCUGUUUAUGAAAUAAAGAAACAUAUCAUGUA